AAUCCUAAUCUCCUAAUCUCUCACAAUCUCCAAAACCAGCUGUGUUUUGUUGUCAUGGCUUCCCACUCGUAUCCAUACCCAUCUACUUCGUAUGAAUACCUACAGACCUUCGCCAACGAUGACGAAUGGCCUGGACCUAGAUGCGGUCAUACUCUCACGGCGGUUUUCGCCAACGAUUCCCAUCAGCUUGUCCUCUUCGGCGGUAGUACUACUGCCGUCACCACCAAUGAUUAUUCCUUACCCGGGAUCAGUUUAGAGGGCGUUACCAAUUCGGUGCACUCUUUUGACGUUUUGACCAGGAGGUGGACAAGGAUUCACACGGAUGGUGACCUUCCGUCUCCCAGGGCUUGUCAUGCUGCCACUUCAUUUGGCACUUUGUUCAUUGUUCAGGGUGGGAUUGGUCCAUCAGGGCUUUCUGAUGGAGAUGUCUACAUGCUUGACUUGACUAGAAAUGACCUCAAGUGGCAUAGGUUGAUGGGUCGAGGGGCGACUCCAGGCCCUCGCUACGGCCAUGUUAUGGAUAUAGCUGCUCAGAGGUGGCUCGUCAUAUUUGGUGGGAAGAAUGGAAAUGAAGUUCUCUCCGAUACGUGGGCACUGGACACGCAAAGACCAUCUGCGUGGGACAGAUUGAACCCAUAUGGCAAUCAUCCAAGUGGGAGAAUGUAUGCUUCUGCUACUGCUCGAGAAGAUGGUGUUUUUUGGCUUUGUGGCGGAAGAGACUCCUCAGGGAAGCCACUGGGAGAUACUUACGCGCUGGAAAUGGAAAGCAUUGAUCAGUGUGGUUGGACUCUUGUUCCAGACGUAGCUCCUUCCCCGAGAUAUCAACACACAGCGGUUUUUGAAGGUCCAAGAAUGCAUGUCUUUGGGGGUGUCCUGAACACGGAUCGUCUAAUCGAUGGUGAACCUAUUGUUGCUGUGCUUGAUACUGAUUCUGGUGAGUGGUUAGAUGUAACUCCACCAGAGACCUCUGCCAGUGGCAGCAAAAGACGAGAUCAGUAUCAGCUUAUGCAACGUUGUCACCAUGCUGCUGCAUGGGUUGGGAACUGCAUAUAUGUGCAUGGUGGGAUUAAAAAAGAUUUAUUGCUCGCCAGUUUCCUAGUGGCUGAAACAUCCCAGCCAUGGAGUCCUGAACAAGAAGAUAAUCCUGAAAAUUAUAUGUUGCUCGACGAUUGUCUGGUGCCUGAAAUAUCUAACCCUUCAAGUUCUGAACCAGAAGUCCCAUCUAUUAUGAGGAAGAGUGCAAGCGAGAGUUCGCCGGAGAUAAUCGCAGAGCCAUAUAACUUACCUACCGUAGAAAAUGCUUUCUAUGAUAGUGCAAGUGAAGGACAUUUUCUAGUUGAUCAAAAGAGAACUGUGAACGUCGAGAGUGAGCAGUUAGUGCCACAGUUCAUCGAACCCAGUUCUUGUCAUCAAGAUCAGUUGCAUCAAAGGAUCAUUUCGACACUUUUGAAACCUAAAGACUGGACAGUUCCUGCCGAAGGAACUUUUUUCUUGAAUUGUUCGGAAGUUAUGACUAUCUGCAAUUCUGUGGAACAAACAUUUGCGCAAGAACCAACGCUUCUUCAGCUCAAAGUUCCUAUUAAAGUCUUCGGCGAUCUCCAUGGUCAGUUCGGGGAUUUGAUGCGUUUAUUUCAUGAAUAUGGAUCUCCUUCUCUAGAAGGAGAUAUCACGCAUAUUGACUAUUUGUUUUUGGGAGAUUAUGUCGACCGAGGAAGUCACAGCUUGGAGACCAUCAUGUUGCUGCUUGCUUUGAAGAUUGAAUACCCCAAGAACAUCCACUUGAUUCGUGGAAAUCACGAGUCUAGUACAACGAAUAGAUUUUAUGGUUUCCAUGACGAAUGCAAACAAAAAAUGGGACAGGCCGAUGGGCUCCAAGCAUGGUAUAGGAUUAAUCAGCUUUUUCACUAUCUUCCACUUGGUGCGGUGAUUGAAGAUAAAAUUUUAUGUGUCCACGGAGGAAUAGGGAGGACACUUUGGCUCGACGAAAUUGCAAGUAUCCGGCGACCCGCAUUCCCGGAUUUUGGAACAAUUGUGUUGAAAGACACAUUAUGGUCUGAUCCAACCGCAAAUGAUUCUGUUAUGGGUAUACAAUCAAAUGCUAGAGGAGAAGCUGUUGUCACGUUCGGGCCUGAUAUCGUCAACGGGUUUUGUGAACGAAAUAAAAUCCAAAUGAUCAUACGAGGACACGAGUGUGUUUCUGAUGGCUUUGAACGGUUUGCAGAAGGACGACUUAUAACUGUCUUUUCCGCUACAAACUACUGCGGAUCUGCAAACAAUGCGGGAGCAAUAUUGGUAAUCGGUAGAGACUUGGUCAUUUAUCCAAAGUUGAUCCAGCCUAGACCUCCCUCCAUCUCUUCUUCCGAAAACUGUCCAGAAAAAGAAUGGAUGGAGGAGCUGAACGAGGAGAUGCCGCCUACUCCGCCUCGAGGGGAGACAGCUGCAUAAAGGCAGCAAUUGUUUGGUGUAGAGAAGAGAAGAGAAGCUUGCGGUUGAUGAAGAGAUGAAAGUGUUUCAUUUGCAAGCUGAACACCUGACCUGACUGUACCGGAGACUGAUCUAUAUAUCAUUGUUGUUGUACCUUCUCUUUCUCAUUUUUUUCGAACAUUUUCAUUUUUUUCUUAAUUUGGUAUUAUUCAGACUUGGAUGGAUGGAUGGAUGUAGUUUAAUGA